AUUUUCAUAUCUUUAAUUUACACACAAUAUAUUAUCAAGAAAAUGUUGUCACUUGGUAUUUAUAUUAUUGGAUCUUUAGUUGUUAUAGUUAUUAUACAUUACUAGAGGAACCCUAAAAGCAAUGGAAAACUCCCACCAGGUUCAAUGGGUUGGCCAUUACUUGGUGAGACUAUUCAAUUCUUUGCACCAAAUACAUCAUUUGAUAUUUCUCCCUUUGUGAAGGAGAGGAUGCAAAGGUAUGGGCCGAUAUUUCGAACUAGUUUGGUGGGAUAUCCAAUCAUAGUAUCCAUAGACCCUGAUUUUAAUUACUUCAUCUUCCAACAAGAAGGGCAAUUGUUUCAAAGUUGGUAUCCACAUACUUUUGAAGAGAUUUUUGGAAGGCAAAAUGUUGGAUCUUUACAUGGUUUUAUGUACAAGUACUUGAAAAACAUGGUGCUAAAUCUUUUUGGCCCUGAAAGUUUGAAAAUUUUGCUGCCUGAGGUUGAAAAAACUACAAAUAAUAACUUGAACAGAUGGUCAAGACAAAAGAGUGUUGAGAUGAAGGAAGCAACAACCAAGAUGAUAUUUGAUCUAACUGGAAAGAAACUUAUCAGCUAUGAUUCUGAGAACUCUACAGAGAAUGUGUGUGAAAAUUUUACCGCUUUUAUAAAGGGAUUAAUUUCCUUCCCUUUAUGCUUUCCUGGAAUGGCCUAUCACAAGUGUUUACAGGGAAGAAAGAAGAUAAUGAAGAUGCUCAAGAGAAUGCUAGAGGAAAGGAAAUCACAACCAAGAAAAGAACAAAGUGACUUCUUUGAUUAUGUAUUAGAAGAACUUCAAAGUAAAGACACAAUUCUCACUGAGGCAAUAGCUUUGGAUUUGAUGUUUGCGUUGCUCUUUGCUAGCUUUGAGACAACCUCUUUGGCUAUAACUUUGGCUAUUAAAUUUCUUCAUGAAGAUCCAAAGGCUUUGAAAGAAUUAACAGAGGAACAUGAGGCAAUAAUUAGAAGAAGGGGAAAUGCAUCUUAUGGACUUACAUGGAAAGAGUAUAAAUCAAUGAAGUUCACAUUUCAGUUUAUCAAUGAAACAGUCAGAUUGGCAAAUAUUGCGCCUUUGAUUUUCAGAAAAGCACUUCAAGACGUCAACUUCAAAGGAUAUACCAUUCCAGCUGGUUGGGCAGUAAUGGUGUGUCCUCCAGCUGUCCACUUAAAUCCUGCCAAAUAUGAGGAUCCACUUCAAUUCAAUCCAUGGAGAUGGGAGGGAAUAGAUCUAAAUGGAGCAUCUAGGAAUUUUAUGGCAUUUGGAGGUGGCAUGAGAUUUUGUAUUGGAGCAGACUUUGCUAAGGUGCAAAUGGCUGUCUUUCUCCAUUGCUUUGUGACCAAGUACAAGUGGGAGAUAAUCAAGGAGGAGAUAUAGUACGAACUCCAGGUUUACAAUUUCCAAAUGGUUACCACAUUAAAAUCUCUGGAAAAUAUGACUAAAGGUACUUGCAACAGCAAAUUCAUAUACAGACGUUGAGCAAAAGUUAUUAUUAAGCAACAUGAACUCACUAAUGUGAAUGUAGAUCCGCCUUUGAUGCACACAGCCUUUAAUUUUGUUAUC